AUGUCUCAGACCACAAAGAGCCCCACCCAGGAAAAGGGCAACCCCGGCAUUGGCCAGGUUGCCACUCCAGGCUCCAAGAACCCCAAGACCAGAGAACCAGGAAUGGGCAACUUCAAGAUCAUCAUUUAUGAACAGGAGAACUUCCAGGGCCGAUUUGUAGAGUUCUCCAGCGAGUGUGUGAACCUGUGCGAUCGCAACUUCGACAGAGUGGGCAGUAUCCGCGUGGAUUGUGGGCCAUGGGUUGCUUAUGAGCAAGCAAACUUCCGCGGAGAGAUGUUCAUCCUGGAGAAGGGCGAGUACCCUCGCUGGGAUUCCUGGUCCAACAGCUACAGGAGUGACCGCAUCAUGUCCUUCCGCCCGGUCUGUAUGGAUAACCAAGAGCACAAAAUCAGCCUGUUCGAAAUGGCCGAAUUCCAAGGAAACAAGAUGGAGAUUAUGGAGGAUGACAUUCCCAGUCUGUGGGCCUAUGGAUUCAGUGACCGUGUGGGCAGUGUGAGGGUCCACAGUGGCACAUGGGUUGGUUACCAGUACCCUGGAUACAGAGGAUACCAGUACCUGUUCGAGAUGGGGGACUACAAGCACUGGAACGAGUGGUACGCCCAGCAGCCCCUGAUGCAAUCCAUCCGCCGUCUCCGAGACAUGCAGUGGCAUCAGAAGGGCUGCUUCCAGCCCGCCACCAAGUGAGGAGGCUUCACCUCCCACCACCCACAGAGGGCACUCACCCAGCUUAGUCUGUUCAGGGAGUCAGUUAAGAUAAAGGUCCCGAUCCCUAUUUUUAAUUCACCUGGAGCAGGUAAUU